CCUCCUCUCCUCCAGUAACCUGAUACAGUCCACUACCAACGAGAUCUCUUCAAAAUGGAAGGGGAGUUUGAGUAAUGAGGCGAAGGUGUCUGGUAGCGUACCUGUGGGACCGGGGAUUGUGAGUGUGCAGAAGGAUGUGGGUGCUAGCAUAGAGAUGGGAGGGUCCCAGUCUGAUGUAGCCAUCUUUGCCACGACCAAGACCAAAGAGGACCGCCACUCUUUCUUCUCACAGAAUCUCCGCUGCCGUCACUACAGUUAUCGCGUGUCAGACAGCCCUGUUCUCAGCGAAGAGUUCCGUAAGGACAUUGAUCGUCUGGGCUCAUUCUCUGAGACCUCCAAGGCCCAGUACCGCCGGCUCAUAGACACCUAUGGGACUCACUACAUCCGCCAGGUUGACCUGGGAGGCCGGCUGACGAUGACCACAGCAAUACACACCUGUCAGGCUUCACUUAAGAGUCUCUCUACAAACCAGGUGGAAUCCUGCUUGUCCGCAGGUUUUAAGGGGAGCCUUGGGUUAUCAGUUUCCUCUACCGUCCAAAGUUGCUCCAAAGUUCUGGACAACCAUGACUCGAAGACCUCCGACAGCUCUAGCUUCCUCAGCCACCACACCAAGGUGGUGGGAGGCUCCGGUUGGCCGGGGAAGCUGUCACUCAACCGUAAUGACUCAGUGGGGUUCCAUAGUUGGAUGAGAACCUUGAAGAACAUCCCGGACAUCAUCUACUAUUCUCUGAGGCCUCUGCACCUGCUUAUACCCAACACAGUUGUCCAGCAGGGAGUAAAGGAGGCUGUCCAGGAUUACCUGAAGGAGAAUGCCCUCCCGAAGAGCACCGGGGAACUGUCCUGUGGGGAUCCUUACUCUAGACGGGACUCAAACUGCUGCCUCAGGAAGGUCUCACAGGGAAGACUGGUGGUGACGGUGGUCAGAGCCUGGGGACUGUGGGGAGACUACCAAUGGAUAGCGGGAGACACUGAAGCGUACGCUGUGGUCACCUACGGUUCCAAGUCCCAUCAGACCGAUGUGAUUCUAUCCAAUAAUCCUGUCUGGAAUGCUACCUUUGACAUGGGUCCCUUUGACAAAGACCUGAGUCUAAAUGUGGCCGUCUGGGAUUACGAUCCUGUGGCUAAAGAUGACAACCUGAGUGACUGUACCUUCGACCUCGAGCAGGGGACACACGAACACCGGUGUAACAACAGCGGGGGGGGCUUUAAUUUCCUGUACAACCUCACCUGUGACCCUUACCUGACCGGGGACAAGUGUGAAAAAUACAAACCUUUCAAAGCCACAACACACAAACCUUCCACGCCCACAGUACACUCUAAUCCACUCUACAGUAAGAGUGUGCAUCUCUUUUCUACAUUUUCUGUCCAGAGUUCAGCAGUCCUAUACCUGUGGUUCUUUUACAUCUCUGUAUAAUGUACCCCUCUCAACGCACUGGAGUGAAUUCAUUACAGGCAGUGGGACUGUUGCCUGUACAGCUCACCAGGAACCACAUUGAAAACAAGGGGAAUCAUUAGAAUAUGUUAUCCCCUAGGUUGUACUCAGUGCAUCUUUCUCCCCUCAAUCUUUCAAUCAAUCAUGUCUUUAUCUGUCCUGUGUAAUCAGGGAGACAGAAUACAGUGUUAGAAUCAACCAGAAAGUGUAAUUGUCUGGCAACUGCACAAUGGGGUCCCACAAGGAUCCGUUUUAGGGCCUUUACACUUUUGUUUAUAUAUAAAGGACAUGCUUCAUGUGUCACGGUGUUGAUAUAUAAUAUGCAGAUGAUAUUGUUGUAUACACAUGCCGCAAGUGAAAAAUAAUAUCUGCACCAGGGACUACAGAUACUCAGUUGUC